GAAUUUUUGUGUGCACUGCAUCAUAUGAUAUUGAACAUCUUUCAUCGAUUUAUGUGUUUAUACACAUAAAUACAUAUAAAUACAUGUUCACUUGACAUUUGUUGUGCACUUUUCAUUCAUACACGCCGCAACAGCAACUGACCAAAUCGAGCAAUUUUACAUUUUGAAAAAAAAGAGAAAGAUACGUUAUUUUGUCGUUAUCAAUUUACCAGCACUAUAAUUGGCAAAGCGAUCAAUGAACCUUAUUAUCACGAAAUUAAAUAGAGAGAUUUGAAAUUAAAUAGAGAGUGUAACGUGUGAUUUUUAAUCUAAUCGCUCGGCCGAUUACACACAUGAUACUCUUUUUUUUAUUACCACGCUCUUAAUAUAUAAAUAAUUACGUAAAUUGAUUUCGAGCAGUCAGAAUGAAUUGAAUAGUGGUUGGGAUCAGCGGUCAAUUGUAACAAAUCAGUCGAGUAUUGUGUAUGUGUGUCUAAAAAAAUAAUAAUAAUUUAAAAUUAGUGCAAAAGAUUUGUAAAAAUGGCAGCGGACACAAUUUUGGGUCGGAUGGCACAAUCGGUUGGAGCUACCGAACCAGCGCUUCGACUAUUGAUCUCGAUAUUAGUCGGUUAUCCAUUGGCAGUACUCUAUCGAAAGAAAUUUUACACACAAACAAAAACAAUAAAUCACCUGUACAUACUGACAACGGGCAUUUUAAUAUGUUUAUUCAAUUAUGGUUGGUUAAUGUAUCACAGUUUGUCAGCUGUUUUAGUGUCGUAUGCGCUUAUCGUUCUAUUCAAUGGAACGACAUUGGUUGCAACCACAUUUCUCUUUAACAUGACCUAUUUGAUGAUUGGUUAUUAUAAAACAGCAACUGAAACGUAUGACAUUACAUGGACAAUGCCACAUUGUGUGCUAACAUUGCGUUUGAUUGGAUUGGCAUUUAAUAUUGCCGAUGGUCAACGAAAUGACACCGAACUAUCGGCCACACAGAAAAAAUUAUUGGUCAAAGAAAAACCGAGCCUACUCGAAGUUGCCGCAUUUACUUAUUUUCCGGCCAGCUUUUUAGUUGGACCACAAUUUUCGUUUCAACGAUAUCUCAGCUUUAUUAAUAAGGAAUUUGAUAAGCAUGAUGGUUAUUUUAUGGCCGGCGCAAAACGGGCCGCCGUUGGAAUGUGUUACUUAAUUGUGAACGUUGUUGGUUCAGUCUAUUUGAAUGACAAGUAUGUGAUGUCAAGUGACUUUACUAACGACCAUGGAAUCGUGGCACGACUCUUUUUGGUCGCUCUAUGGGCACGAAUUACUUUAUACAAGUAUAUAUCCUGUUGGUUGCUCACCGAAUCGGUUGCCAUUUGCUUUGGAAUCACAUUCAACGGUGUCGAUGAGAAUGGCGUUGCCGAUUGGUCCGGAUGUUCCAACAUAAAAUUGCUAGUGUUUGAGAAUACAAGACGUUUCCAACAUUAUAUCGACAGUUUUAAUGUGCAAACCAACCACUGGAUUGCCGAAUAUGUUUACAAACGAUUACGCUUUUUGGGCAAUCGCAAUUAUAGCCAAUUGGGCGCAUUAGUUUUCUUAGCAAUUUGGCAUGGAUUCCAUUCCGGAUACUAUAUUACAUUUGCCAUGGAAUUUGCAGUUAUCAUUUGCGAACGAGAGAUGGAACCAGUUUUUGCGCGAAGUGAACAAUUCCAAAAAUUCGCAAAUACAUUGGCCGGCAAAGUGAUAAUCUUUAUAUUAUUAAAAUUGUACACAUUCAUUGGUAUGGGCUUCUGUUUUGGACCAUUAGUGUUGCUCAGCUUCCAUAGAUGGUGGGCAUUGCAUCGUUCGCUCUGGUUCUAUGGAUAUAUUUUGUGGUUUUCAUGGCCCAUAUACAAACCGGUGCUAAAACAAUUAUUAGGAACAAAAAAAGCUGAACGCAAAAAGGAGUAAUAUGUCUUGAAGCUAUCAUAAUUGUUUUAUUAUUCUUUUUUCUAGGGUUUCAUUUUUUUAAAAUUCUAAUAUCGCAUCUAAUAAUAUGUUGUGCACAGUACAAUAAGACUCGGAAACAGAGGGAUUUUUUUUUGUAAUAGAAAUAAAUAUGUUGCAAUCUCAAAAUGCAGGUGCAAAUAGAAAGAUAUAAAAAUCGCAUCGAAAAACAACAACAAAAAACCCGUUGACUGUCAAUACAAAAUGCAUUGAAUAGAACAAAUAAUAAUUCAAUUUAAUGAAAUUAGAAAUUGUGUGAUUGAGCAGACAUACAUUUAAAUGAAUACACGCAUUAUAUUAUAUUUCUAAAUUUGUAAACAAAUAGAAAUCUAUUUAACUAUAUUUUCCUAUUGUAAAGCGAACUUUUUUGUAUGAAUUGAAACAAAAAGAAAUGAGCACAAAUUAAUUCAGUUUUCAUUGAAUAACCAUGAUCUACACUUUAUUUAUUAGUUUUUAUGAGAAAAAAUGAAGAUAAAACAAAAUACAAAAGGAGAACGAAUUAAGUGGGUUUUUUUUUUACUUUGUACGAGCACACGUUCAUUCAGCUGACAAAUGACAUUUAAAAGAAUGGAGUACACAUUCUGAAAUAUGAAGAACAAAACAUCGAUUCUCAAAAUACAAAGAAACACACGUACAGAGGGCAGGGACCUUUUCAUAUUCACAGUGAAAAAAAUAAUAAUCAAAAUCUCAAUCAACGAGAAGCAACAAAAUAUUAGCAAACUAUCCGCAAGCCAAGCACCCAAAAAUGUUAUUUUAUCAAAAGUGGCUAACGAAUUAUAUGCUUAUGAAAUAAUUCUCAAUUUAGACAUUUAAUGAAAUAGAAAACAAAUUUAGAAUUUUUGAAUACCAAUCCGUCAUCUAACAUUGGGAUGAUGGGUUUUGAAGCAAUUAUCAAACGUUCAUAUUUAUGCAAUUGAAAUAAUUCUCUUUUUUGCUUCGUUUUAAAUAGAGUUCAACUGUUGAGUCAAAUGAAACAAAACAAAUUAACUUAAUUUUGACUUACAAAUUAUGAAAAUAAAUAUCAUAUUGUUAAAAUAUAAAAAGAUAA